AUGGGCGAUAGCAGCGAUUCAGAGGAGUUUUACGAUGCCGAGGAAUUCACACCCAUUAAGGGUUCUAAGAGAUCUUCCAUAUGCAAGAACAUCUGUGUGACAGAUACCAGUUCACCUACACAGAAGGACAAAAGUCCAGUAACGAGAACAGAGGAAUCAUUGGCUCCAGCUUUAGGCAUCACCAGUACACCUAGCUGUGAAGCCAUAGCUGCAGAAGAUGACAGAGCUACCAUAAAAAAUGUUGUCCAGGGCCGAAAACGGUUUCAAGAGCUGCGUCGCUGCAUGCAGUCGGAAGAGGAGGACGACGGUGGGCUCGACAUAGCUCUAUCUUCGGACAACCAUGGCUACACGCUAGAGCAUCCAUUCAAAAUAAUAUCGCAUGACACGAUGAGUCUACAGAGCAUGACGUCACUUGGACGAAUUGGAAGAAUUCUUAGCGGAGCGGCUGAAUCACAUCCAAACCUACGUGACAAGUUACCAGCACCGUCUGCUUCUAGGGAACCCUCUACUAUUUCUGAUGACACUUUACCGAAUGACAGUAGGAAUCAAAAUGCGCUGACGGCGUCGGAACCGGACGUGAUAGCCAGCACGAAGGCGAACAGUCUCAAGCACCGGCACAGCGCCUCCGUGGUAGCCGUGUCUUCCGUGUCUCCCGCCCCGCCCGACCCGCCCGCCCAACACCAACACCACUCGCCCACCAACCAGCCCGUCGCGCCGCCGAGGAGGAAGAAGCGCAGUGAGUUCACGCACGAGAAGCUGCACAGCUCGGACUCACUGUCGACGGACGGUGGCGAGUGCCCAGUCGUGGGGGAUGAACGUGACAUCGCACACUCUGCAAGCUACCCUCGACGAGUGGACAAGCCACAACUCGACGAUCUACAUGUACAGCCUUCACUUUCAAGUACCUUGAACCAAACCAUGGCACUUCCAAGCCCAGCGAGCACGAUAGAGUCCUUGACCAGAGAGUUUCAGGAUUCUUUGGAGCUUUCACAGUCUAAAUAUGCCGCAAUGGAGGCGUCGUUAGCGAGUGCGAGUGGGGAGGGCGAGCGUUCGUCUCGCUCGUCGCGCUCCAGCGAGCGAGUGAGCGAAAGGGCGAGCGAGACAGCGAACAGCGCGUGUGGCCGGCAGCGGCCCGGCACGCCGCACGCCACGCACGACAUCAACGACACACCGAGAGGCGGGGCGCGCACGCACAGCGAGGGCCGCGCCGCGCUGCACGCGCCGCACGCACCGCACCCGCACGCGCACAGCGCCAGCCUCGGCUUAACCAGCAUUGUACAUACAUCACUCCGUCGUCAAAGCAGCAAUAUAAAAAAUUGCAGGCGACCGGAAGGUGGUCGGACACGUCGUAGAUCUGCAGGCGACUCUCCGACACCAGGUCCGACACUUCGCACUCGCUCGUCCUCGGGCCAGCAACUGUCCGACAUCGAGAUACUGGAGCAGGUCACCGUGCUCAACCUUGACACCGGUGAACGCAUGCCUCUUAGCGUGGCUGAACACAAAUUGCCGCAAUGCAUCAACCCACUGAGCCUGCACAUAAUGAGGCUCACCUCCGAAUAUAUCGGACGUGCUGGUGACGAUGAGAAUACCAGUCCACAGAUAAAACCCAAGAGCUUGUGGCGCAAAGGCCUGUCAAUGAGCCUGCAAAGUUCCGCUUUGCUGUUGAGGCGAUCUCCCUCCGCCCCCCUACAACCCGCCAACUCUCUCCUCAGUAUUGAGACUAGGGAAACCGACGAAGAAAGUGAGAGCGUGUGCGUAGAAGGAGUAGAAGAUGAGGCAAAAGAGAUGAAAAGAGAAUCUACAGAUAGACAGACGACUGCGAUAAGAAGAAAAACUGAGAAAGUGCUGAUGAAAGAUUUAGUGAAGUGUCACUCCCACGACAACAUUAACAGGAGGUUGACGAGUGCGACCAACUCCAGGUUAAAGCGUUUCUUCGGUAGUACGGUUAAAAGGACGGUGGAUGCGGCCAAGUCGCUCGCCCAAGAAGUGACCCACGCGCGACAUAAGGAAGAUAUAGCUGACAUAGCCGACGACGUGAGAGGCGAACACAACAUCAAACUGAAGGCGUCCAAUUCGCACAAAGGGCCGUACGACUUCGACGGAUGCGUGCGUCAUGUUCAGGAGAUGGGCGGCGGGCACGCGGGCGCGGUGUGGUGCUGCAAGAUGAGCGUGUGUGGCCGCCUGCUGGCCACCGCGGGGCAGGACCGGCUGCUGCGCGUGUGGGUCACGCGGGACGCGUACCACAUGUUCCAGGAGAUGCGCACGAAGUACAACGCGGAGAAGAAGUCGUCGCCCACGCCGUCGCAGGAGUCGCUGUCGCCACUGGCCUCGCACGACGCCGCUUCCCCACCGCUGGGACCGUCAGCCCCCUUCUGGCCCACGCCCUUCGCCGUGUACGCGGGCCACACAUCCGACCUGCUGGACGUGUCCUGGUCCAAGAACUACUUCGUGCUGUCGUCUUCCAUGGACAAGACGGUGCGGCUGUGGCACAUCUCGCGCGGGGAGUGCCUGUGCUGCUUCCAGCACAUCGACUUUGUCACCGCCAUCGUCUUUCAUCCUCGAGACGACCGCUACUUCCUCUCUGGCAGCCUCGAUGGGAAACUCCGUUUAUGGAACAUCCCCGAUAAGAAGGUGGCGGUGUGGAAUGAAGUGGACGGCAAAACCAAACUAAUAACAGCUGCCAACUUCUGUCAGAACGGCAAAUUCGCCGUGGUCGGCACGUACGACGGCAGAUGCAUCUUCUACACCACGGACCAGCUCAAGUACCAUACGCAGAUCGACGUGAGGUCGACCCGCGGAAAGAACUCCACUGGGCGGAAGAUCAGCGGGAUCGAACCGAUGCCCAACGACGAUAAAAUCUUGGUGACUUCUAACGAUAGCCGCAUACGACUCUACGAUCUUCGGGACCUGAACCUGUCCUGCAAGUACAAGGGCUACGUCAACGUGUCCAGCCAGAUCAAGGCGUCCUUCUCCCAUGACGGAAAGUACAUCGUGAGCGGGUCGGAGAACCAGUGCAUAUACAUCUGGAAGACUUACCACGACUACUCCAAGUUCACGUCGGUGCGGAGGGAUAGGAACGAUUUCUGGGAGGGGAUCAAAGCUCACAACGCUGUGGUCACUUGUGCCGUGUUCGCUCCCAACCCGGACUACAUGAUCCGCAUGAUCGCUGAGAGGGAGGCUGAAGCCAACAUGGCAAAUAAGACUCCAGAGGAGAGGGAAGAGGCGAAGGCCGCCGAAGGGGGCAUGGUGUCGUCAUCACAAACGGGGCACGUGCUGAUCAGUGCAGACUUUAACGGCUGCAUCAAGGUGUUCGUGCACAAAGCCAAGCCCAAGCACAGCUCGCUGCCAGCCUCCGCGCUCGCGUAA